GCAAUGGCGCAGCCGGAAGCCCGCCCGCGACUUCCUCACCCCGCCCCGCCUGUGGGCGGGACCCGAGCGGAGCGGCUUCCGCCUUCUUCCUAGCUGCCUGGCGGAAUUCAAACCUUUCCAAAGUGUAUGAUCAAGCUAAAGAAGACAAUAACCAACGUCUGAAUUGUGACCCCGGCUCACUAUUAUUCCCAGGAAAAAUUAGAAGUCACUACUCCAGUGUAAGCCCCAGUUUCCUGCUUGUUACGAAGAUGCUUGAUAUAAAGGCUUGGGCUGAGUAUGUUGUGGAGUGGGCUGCAAAGGAUCCAUACGGCUUCCUCACCACAGUUAUCUUGGCCCUUACGCCACUGUUUCUAGCAAGUGCUGUACUGUCCUGGAAAUUGGCCAAGAUGAUUGAAGCCAGAGAGAAGGAACAAAAGAAGAAACAAAAACGUCAAGAAAACAUUGCAAAAGCUAAACGACUAAAAAAAGAUUAAAGGAGUGAACAGACUCUGUAACUAGAGAAAAAUCAUCUGGAAAAUUCUGCAGCUUUGGAAGGACUCACUAAGGUUCCAUCAAUUUCAUGAUAAUAUUAUUUAGUAAAUUAAAUCUGACUGUGUCAUUUUCUGACCUCAAUACUAUAGUAACUUUUAGGUUUGGAAACAGAAGUUUGUUGGAACCCACUGACAAGUAUUUAAGUUAGCAUUUAUCAUACAGGUGGAGCAUAUGUAAUGUGAAAAUUCAAAACUCAAAGCACCGUAAAAUCUAACACCUGUGUUCAGAAGUGAUGCCAAGAGUGGAAAAUUCGACACCCUAUUUUAUGAUGGGUUGUAGUCAAAAUACAGGUGUGCUCAAAAUACAUAAAAUUAUCGUCAAGCCAUGAGAAAUAUAAAUUAAUGUAUUUAGAUUUGGAUCCCAUCCUCAAGGUAUGAAAUCCUCCAAAAUACGAAAAAUAAAACUAAAACAUUACUGGUCCCAAGCAUUUUUGUCUGCUUAACCUGUAGUAAAAAUUUAUACUAACAUUAAGUUAGUUGCCCUUUUGGAGCUUAAUGUACUCAGCUAAAAAACACCAUGUAGAGAAAAAUGGUUUUAAACUAUGAAUCCUAUGUAAAUGGUAGUUUAAAAUGGGGUUCAUCUCUGGGCAGAGGAUAUUAGGAAUAUAAAAGGAUUAUCUUCUAAGGUGAAAAAGUUUACUUUGGCUUAAAAGAGAUAAAGUAUAUUAAUCACUAUUUUAAAAUUGCUUAUUUUUUGGAAUGGAAGCAUUACUGAUUUUUUUCAAAAGAAAAUUUUAUUAAUGAAAAUGGCUAUUUGCAUUCUUACAUAGACUUUAACACAGUUGGCAAUUAUCAAGACUUUUUUUUUUCCAGUUUAAAACCUCAUUUUAUAUAGAGUUUUUAUUGUCUUGACCAUGGAUAGAAUCUUGGUACUUCAAACACUGCCCUUUUCUUAAGUGAAUUGCUAAGAAGAGUAACAUGACUUAAAGCCAGCAGUGGAAAUGCCAUGUGCUUCUGAGACCUUGGGUUCCGCUCAUCGCACACUCACUAGAACUCUGAAAUAUGUCACCAGAUAAUUGGCUGAUGACAUAGACAGUACUUUUGUUUAUGUUCUGUUUGUAACUAAUACCGUAGUGAUGUCCUGUUACUUUUUACUCAUACAGGUUCAACGUGAAAACUAAAAUUUCAAGUGUAUGAAGUCAUACUUUAAGCCAAUAAAAGCUUAGAUUUGGAGAAGUUUUCAUGGGUGUAGCAGUGAUGAAGGGACUGCAGGAAAGUGGCUAAAGGAUGAAGCCAGGGACUAAACACAGCUUUGUUAAAUGCAUGGUCCAGUAACUUUAAUUACCGCAGUAUUUAACUGCUUAAAUGUUUUCUGUACCUCUGAUAAUGAAUUUUAGGUUACAGUAAUUGUCAAAUAGUCUUACUAAAAAUGAAACUAAAUGUUGAAAUAAAUUUGAUACAUUUUUAUAAAGA